CAACUCAUUUCAACACAUCUCUCCAGUCCCUCCACUGUGUGUGUGCGCGUGUGAAUCUUCCCUCUCUUUUCUCACACAGAAACAAUAUAAUGGAGGAUUUGCAUUCAUGGCUGGCAAAUGAUGAUUACAACUCAUCGUCGUCGCUGUCGUCUUCGACGCGCAGCGCACCCACACUGUGUGAGGAUUCGAGCUUCAACAGCAUCAGAUCCAGCUCCUCCACACACACAUAUUACUACAGCUACCAAGCCGCAGCGAAACCCUCGAUCUCUCAUUUCUGCAUUGCCUCGAUCAAGGCCACCGCGGCGCAGAUCAGCUGCCUCGCGGUGCAUGAUAACUUCCUGUACGCCGCGACCAUCAAGGAGAUCAACGUCUUCGAUCUCGCGAAUCUCUCCCUCGUCGACACGUUCGGGUCCGGGUCGGGCUGGGCCAAGUCCAUCGCCUUCAGCAACGGUAAAAUCUUCACGGCGCACCAAGACUGCAAAAUUAGGGUUUGGAAGCUGACGUCACCAUCAUCCUCAUCGCCCAAACAAAGAAAACACCAACUAAUUUCAACACUCCCGACGUUGAAAGACCGGUUUCUCAACUGCCUCUCCGCGAAGAACUACGUCAAAGUCCGCCGCCACAAGCAGAAGCUGUGGAUCCAGCACGCCGACGCCGUCUCCGGAUUGGCCGUCAACGACGGCCUCGGCGUGCUCUACUCGGUCUCAUGGGACAAGAGCUUCAAAACGUGGAAAACGCAUUCAAACAUGCAGUGCAUUGACUCCGUCGCCGCGGCGCAUUCCGACGCCAUCAACGCCGUCGCCGUAAGCCCCACCGGCCGAACCGUCUACACAGGCUCCGCCGACGGACGGAUAAAGGUGUGGAGAUCCUCAGUCGCAACAGCGACUCUGUCGAAGCACGAGUCGAGCGUGAACGCGCUCGCGCUGACGGCGGACGGGUCGGGUUUGGUUUCGGGCGGCGGCGACGGAGUUAUUCUUGUUUGGGAAAGAAGGGAUGAUGAUGAUUUUUUCGUUGCUUGUUGCCUGAAAGGACAUAAAGGGGCUGUUUUGUGCUUGGUGUGUGUGAAUCGUGAUUUCUUGAUUAGUGGAUCUUCGGACACGAGUGUGAGAAUCUGGAAACAUGGGAAAGGUUUCGGUUACAGAGGUUGCUGUCUGGCGGUAAUGGAAGGGCAUUGUAAGCCUGUGAAAUCCCUAGUUGCAGUUGAAGCCGAAGAUUUGGAUGAGGAAGGGUUUUCAGUUAUCAGUGGGAGCUUGGAUGGGGAAAUUAGGGUUUCCAAAGUUGUAAUUUCUGAUCACUAUGCUCAUUAAUCCAGGGAUGUUUUUCGUGAUUCUUUAUUAUAAA